GUGUUUUCUUUUUAUUUGAUUAGCUUUUAAUAGUCACGCACUCUGCAUUUUUUCCCUGAGGUAUUAUUUCCACAAGGCAGCGAAAUAUGACUCAAUGGCUAAUUUGCUUUUUAAAAAUUAAACAAAACUUAGGCCAGCUGCCAUUUAAGAAGGGCUCCGGCGCCUCCAGACUCGGUGUGACCGCAGCCAUGCCCGGUGCUCCGCUCGCGGAGGCGUUAAGGCGGCAGGUUUAUCUCACUUGAGACCUUUCCUUCCUUUUUCAUCUUCUCCGGGCUCCGGCGCAGCAGGCCGCAGGGGCGGGGACUCGCAAGAACGCGGCAUCCUGAAUGGUGGCCGAGUCACCGAAGCUCUGAACCCCGCGUCCCAGAAUCGCUGAGAGCCGGCCCCGCACGGGGGCCUGGGAGAGCCACGCGCCCUCCACCCAGCAAGGCGGGCGGGCCGGGAGGGGCGGGGCCUCAGGACUCCGCCCACGCCUCAGUCUCCGCGCUCCGCCACAGCCGGCCGACACCACACGAGCCGGGGAGCCGCCGCCGCCACCUCUGAGCAGCCGGCCGGGAGCGAGAGCCGACAGCUAGUCUGCAAGCCACCGCCGCCACCAUGGGGAGCCGCGUCUCGCGGGAAGACUUCGAGUGGGUCUACACCGACCAGCCCCACGCCGACCGGCGCCGGGAGAUCCUGGGUGAGGGCCAGCGGGCGCCCCGUUAUGUGCGUGCGUGGCCUCCCGGCGCCGGGGCGCGCUCUCCCCUCCCGGGCCCUGCGUGGCCGUGGGCGCCGGAGGCCCGUUAGCAGCCUGCUCCCCGUCGCGUCCCGCCGCCGCUCGGGCCGCCAGCCCGCGGGUCAGCGCGGGAGAGGCUGGGCGAGGCGCGGGGGGAGGGACGGGUCCUCGGGGCCGCGCAGCUCCGACCCUUCCGCGAAGAGGCUCAGGCGCGUCCCCGAGCGCGGGAGUCCCCGCCAGGCCCACGCCGGCCGGUUGGGGCGAAGGGUGUCCCCGGCUGCGCCAGCCUUGGGUAGAUCUUCUCGCUGGAAGAUUCCUGUGCUCUCAGCAAAGUAUCCAGAGAUAAAGUCCUUGAUGAAACCUGAUCCCAAUUUGAUAUGGAUUAUAAUUAUGAUGGUUCUCACCCAGUUGGCUGCAUUUUACAUAGUAAAAGACUUGGACUGGAAAUGGGUCAUAUUUGGGGCCUAUGCGUUUGGCAGUUGCAUUAACCACUCAAUGACUCUGGCUAUUCAUGAGAUUGCCCACAAUGCUGCCUUUGGCAACUGCAAAGCAAUGUGGAAUCGCUGGUUUGGAAUGUUUGCUAAUCUUCCUAUUGGGAUUCCAUAUUCAAUUUCCUUUAAGAGGUAUCACAUGGAUCAUCAUCGGUACCUUGGAGCUGAUGGCGUCGAUGUAGAUAUUCCUACCAAUUUUGAGGGCUGGUUCUUCUGUACCGCUUUCAGAAAGUUUAUAUGGGUUAUUCUUCAGCCUCUUUUUUAUGCCUUUCGACCUCUGUUCAUCAACCCCAAACCAAUUACUUAUCUGGAAGUUAUCAAUACCAUGGCCCAGGUCACUUUUGACAUUUUAAUUUAUUACUUUUUGGGAAUUAAAUCCUUAGUCUACAUGUUGGCAGCAUCUUUACUUGGCCUGGGUUUGCACCCAAUUUCUGGACAUUUUAUAGCUGAGCAUUACAUGUUCUUAAAGGGUCAUGAAACUUACUCAUAUUAUGGGCCUCUGAAUUUACUUACCUUCAAUGUGGGUUAUCAUAAUGAACAUCAUGACUUCCCCAACAUUCCUGGAAAAAGUCUUCCACUGGUGAGGAAAAUAGCAGCUGAAUACUAUGACAACCUCCCUCACUACAAUUCCUGGAUAAAAGUACUAUAUGAUUUUGUGAUGGAUGAUACAAUAAGUCCCUACUCAAGAAUGAAGAGGCACCAAAAAGGAGAGAUGGUGCUGGAGUAAAUAUCAUUAGUGCCAAAGGGAUUCCUCUCCAAAACUUUAGAUGAUAAAAUGGAAUUUUUGCAUUAUUAAACUUGAGACCAGUGAUGCUUAGAAGCUCCCCUGGCACAAUUUCAGAGUAAGAGCUCGGUGAUAUCAAGAAGUGAAUCUGGCUCUUAAACAGUCAGCCUGACUCUGUACUGCUCAGCUUCACUCACAGGAAACUUGUGACUUGUGUAUUAUUGUCAUUGAGGAUAUUUCACUCAUGUCUGUCAUUUUAUAAGCAUAUCAUUUAAAAAGCUUUUAAAAAGCUAUUUCGCCAGGCACGGUGGCUCAUGCCUGUAAUCCCAGCACUUUGGGAGGCCAAGGUGGGUGGAUCACCUGAGGUCAGGAGUUCGAGAUCAGCCUGGCCAACAUGGUGAAACCCCAUCUCUACUAAAAAUGCAAAAAUUAGCCGGGCGUGGCGGCGCAUGCCUGUAAUCCCAGCUACAUGGGAGGCUGAGGUGGGAGAAUUGCUUGAACCCAGGAGGCGGUGGCAGAGGCUGCAGUGAGCCAAGAUUGUGCCACUGUACUCCAGCCUGGGCAACAGAGCAAGACCCCAUCUCAAAAAUAAAUAAAUAUAUAUAAAAAAUAAAAAGCUAUCUCUAGUUUAUUUCACUAUAAAGUUUUGCUUUAUUAAAAAGCUAAUAAACAGCUAUUAAUCACAGUGUGUUAGUAUUUGUUACAUUUUUGUAUUUCACUAUCUUUAUAAUAUGGUAACCUGGGUACUGGGGGAACUUUAAAAUUUCAUCUCAAAAAUAAUUUUUAAAAAGCCUGAGGUAUGAUAUAGCAUAAAAGAUGGAGAUGAAAAUAUAUUUCCCUGUAAGCUGAAUUACUCAUUUAAAAAUUUUAACUUCUAUAUGGGACCCGAAUUACAUACUGCUGAAUCCUGUACAGCCUUACUCAUAAAUAAAGUACUUACUGAAUUUCCACCAUUCAAA